GGCAAAUGAAUGGAACUAGAAAAUAUCCUGAGUGAGGUAAUAAUGGUGUAUUCCAGGCUGACUGGCGUGACCUAAGGAUUCCUAAGGCCAACAGUUUCCAGAUACAGGGAAUGAUCCCUUUCUGUGCAUCUUGAUACAUGGGAUAUUGGAGGACCUGUACUGGAUCUGCUCCUGGCUUGAGCUCUACAAAUACAGCGUGCCAAUGCUUUGCCAGCCUCAUGCCUCCAGUCUCUACCCAUGCCUGGGGAAAUCCUGCCAGCUAGGCAUCCAGGUCUUGUUGGGGGCAGCUGGUGACUCAUAUAGUCUAUACUCAGUCUCGGAGGCCAGUUCAAAUGUCAGCACCUGGAUUGGACUGAUAUUCUGGCCCAUUAGCCAGAUUUUCCCAAGGUCAAAUUAACUCUGGGCUCUCAUUUUGGCUAGUAGUUCUCUCCCCAGUAAGAGGUAUGGGCACUCAGGAAUCACUAUGAAGGAGUAAGACACUCAUCCCAUUCCCAUGUCCACUGUCCUUUUGGUAGUCCAUGAGUAUUGUUUGGUCCCUGUACUCCCUGGAACUAGGAUUUCUUAUUAGAAAAUGGCCCUUCAGCUUUCACGAGCACUGAAUGUUGGGCUCUAGUAUCCACCAGGAAGUCUAGAGGCUCCCCUACACACACUCUAAGGGUUACCCUGGGCUAGGGGAGUGGGUCCGAGCCCCAACUCCCUCAGUCUUCCUCUUUCUCAGUGACCAUAGUCUUGUUUUGGGACUUUUUCUUUGUGCAUUCUCUGGCCCAGUGUCUUUCCUCUUUACAGUAGGCACAUUGGAGCUAAGGCUGGUCAGUGGCCUUCUACAACCUCUGGCCAGCAGCCUUCUCUAGGUUCUUUCCCUUCUGUGAUGUUCCGGAGCUGGCACCUCCUUUCUCUCUGGUCCUGGUUACCAUUGGCUAGCAGGAAUUUGGAUAGAUCUCUGUUUAAUAUCUUCCCUGUCUUAAUUUUCUUUUCAUCGUUAGUUUCCCUGUUAUGGAACACUUUCUCCCCAACUUCCACUAAAUCUCUCAAUAACUUUUCCCCUAGUCUUUCUAGUUUCUGUAUCUUCCUUCUAAUGUCCAGUGCUGACUGAUUUAUAAAUGUCAGCACCACUGUGUUAGAAUUCUCCAUUUCUUUGGGAUCUAAGUGUGUAUAAUAGUGGAAAGCAUCCACAAUCCUCUUGAAGAACUCUGUUGGGCUUUCAUUAUCUUUCUGCCUGACAUUAUAAACUUUAGCCAAAUUUGUGGACCACUUGGCAGCUGCCCUGAGACCUGCCAUUAGAGACUGGCGAUAGACUUGAAGACACUUCUUACCUGUCCCUGUACUAUAAUCCUAAGCUGGGCUCCCAAGAGGGAAUCCCUCAUCAAUAUCAGCUUGAUUCUGAGUUGUAAUGCCAUUGGCACCUGGAACAUUCUUUUGGACCUCCAGGAUGAUACAUUCCUUUUCCUCUGUUGUAAAGGGUAUCCAUGGGCAGGAGUAGAGCAGUUCAGGGACCUCUGGCUCUGCUAGGGAAAUCUCCUGAGGAGGACAUAUGUGCACAGGUCCCAUGGGUGGAGGGCACAGGUGGAAACUCCAGGAGUGGAUACAUCUGCAUGGGUCCCACCAGGGACAGAAGCACCUGGACAGUCCCUCCUUCAGGGGCAAAGGGGGAGGCAGAAUUCCAACUGAGGCAGGGGCCACUGCCUCCUUCAGAGCUGAUGCUUGAGUAUAAGGUGGUGGGAAAAUGGGAUAGAGGGGCUUUGAAAACUUGGGAGACUUCCCGCUUUUGUUCUUCUGCCAUCAGAGUGGGCAUGAUUCCUGGAGGCAAAGUAAUGUUGAUUAGGGCCAAUAGGAAAGAUUUCACCCAAGGUUGUGGGUUGGCAAUCAAAUCUUUCCAGACUACAAUGUAGGGGACUUGUUCUGGAUGCCCCUGCACCUUCUGGAACACUUUGUCUUCCACCACUAGCACCAAGGGGAGAUGGAAAGUUGCCUUUGGUGGCCAUCGUACUCUGAAAUUGGGCCACUCCGAUCUGUAAUAUGUGCAUUUUCUUCUUGCUCAUGCCCACAGAGAUUGUGAGCUCUGGUUUUACAUCCCCAAAAUGAGCUAAAACAAUGUUAAGAGGGUGGGAGGGAAAAAAGUGAGAGUUAACCUGUGCCAUUGCAUCUGUCACCAUCCAGUAUAACAUGAGACUAAACACUAUCAGAACCACCACUGACAGAACCACACACAUGAAUUAGCCACAUCGUGACUGGAAACAAAGGUAAAUCCAAGCACUAAGGACUCAGAGACUCCCACCCUGGAAAGCAGAAGCAAGGCAGAUACAGAAGUAGACUGUGCAGAGGUCUCUCCUUGAGCACUUCCAACCAAUGGGUGGGUACCUUGUCCAUCCUGGACCUGGAGUCAGGAACAUCUUCCUGCCUCUUAUGGCCAUGACUGCCCAGCGAGUCCACUUUAGCCACUUGUUGCCACUUACACUGUUACUUCAAGGCUUUUCCUUGUGCGAAAAUAUGGCCAGAAAGAACAGACAGGAACAAUGAACACUACAAAAACACAGACACUUACCACACUCACUGGCCAACUUUAGACUCUCCAGACUGCAGUUUCCAGGGAUCUGCUGGAGAAUCCUGGAUGAGCACCCAAAUGUUGUGUACGCAAUUCCGAGUUUCCCCCCAGGAGAGCUUUAAGAACCACUGGGCCUAAUGCAAAGAAACAAACGAGUUUUUAUUAAUUUGAGUCAGAAUCAGAUUGCAAAACUUCCCACUGUGCAGGACAGGAGUGUGACCCCGAGUCUAGAGUGCUUGGCAUUUUUAUACAGCAUUGUCAGGGAUUGUUUGACUUUUAGGGUGAUGGGAAAGGUGACAAGGCAAGUCAUUUUUCAAACAUGAUAUCAUGUGUUCAGACAUCAAGGUGGGAUCUCUCGCCUGGGAGGGGGAAUGCUUCUGACCUGGGGAGUAACUUUAUGGUACUAUCACGAACUAGUAUGUGUUUACGAAUAGUCACAGCUGGCUGUGACCCCUGAUUACCCUCAUUUCACGAUCCAAGCAUGGAAUCCUAAUCUCCCCAAGGAUGUUUGAUUUUUGCUUCUUUCCCAAGGACAGGCGCCAGCUGCACCUGGGAAGUCCUUAGCCAUUUAUCAGUGAGAGUGCCAGCCUCGGCAAAAAGGAGGCAAAGGAGGUUGCUGUUUGUCUAUUCUCAAGCUGGAAUUUGUGGCUCCUCAGAGGGGUUUUUGUUAAGGGGUGUGUUUAUGGAACAGAGAUAGCGACAUUCUGGCAUCAGACCGAGCCCUCUUUGAAUAGCCAGGGAGGGGAAGGAAGCCUUGCGCUUGCUGCAGGAAGGAACAUGGAGGGGGGAAGGGAACUUCUUCAAGAAAGUAAAGAGGCAAGCUGCCAGUGCACUUCAGCACCAUAAAAAAAGACUAUGAGAGGCUAUUGGUGAAGUGUACUUGUAGCAGAAGACCCCAGCAUAUUGGAGAUGCCAGUACCAUGGAAUGGUCACCAAGAACAGCAAUAGCAGUAGAGUAGAUCAACCUGAGCCUAGAGUACUUCAGAAAGCACAGCUGGAAAAGGGAUGCUCAACCAUUGGAAAAGCCCAGAAUAUCAUGUGUUGAUCCAUCACUGAAACUAGAAGCUGUAACAUUGUAGUUGCCUUGGAGACCACAUGAUAUUCCAGAUGCCAGAGCCAUGAACCAUCUGCUGAGUAGAGCUGCUAACAUGGAGUAGAUGCAGCUAAGGAGAAAGAAGUUUGUUGCAGUCAACAAAGAUGAAAAAGGAGUUGGAGCUCUGAAGACCACUUGGACAUGAGACAUGGAGAUGUUCGGAGUUUGCCCAGCUAGUUUCCUGUCUAGCCUUGGGGAUUACAGUAUGGCCCUGAAAGACUAAUUUGUUUGAAGAAGCCCAUGGGGUCCAGGGAGUGGAAUGGUGUGGUCCUUGCUCCUUAUGGGCCUGAGUGGCGAGAGCAGAGGCGAUUCUCUGCAUCAACCCUCCGCAACUUCAGCCUGGGCAAGAAAUCACUGGAGCAGUGGGUGAUGGAAGAGGUUGAAUACCUCUGUGAUGUCUUCACUGCCCAUGCUGGGAGUCCCCUGAAUCCUUACCCUCUCCUGGACAAAGCCGUGUGCAAUGUGAUUGUGUCUCUCAUUUAUGGCCAUCGCUUUGAGUAUGGAGACCCUGACUUCAUCAAGAUGCUAAAAGUAUUGAAAGAGAACAUGGGAGAAAAUAUUGGCUUGUUUCCAGAGGUUCUGAACACGUUCCCAAUUCUCCUACGCAUCCCAGGGUUGGCUGACAAAGUCUUCCCUGGGCAAAAGACAUUUCUCACCAUGGUGGAUAAGCUGGUGACUGAGCACAAGAGGACCUGGGACCCUGACCAGCCGCCUCGAGACCUGACUGAUGCCUUUCUGGAUGAGAUGGAGAAGGCAAAGGGGAACCCUGAGAGUAGCUUCAAUGAUGCAAAUCUACGUCUGGUUGUCCUUGACCUGUUGGGUGCUGCAACUGUGACCACCUCAACCACAAUGUCCUGGGCCCUGCUGCUUAUGAUCCUGCAUCUGGAUGUGCAGUGCAAAGUACAACAGGAAAUUGAUGAGGUCAUAGGGCAUGUGCGGCUUCCAGACAUGGCAGACCAGGCUCGCAUGCCCUUCACCAAUGCUGUCAUUCAUGAGGUGCAGCGCUUUGCAGACAUCAUCCCAAUGACUUUGCCACACAGAACUUCUCGUGACAUUGAAGUGCAGGGCUUUUUUAUUCCUAAGGGGACGACCCUCAUCCCCAACCUGUCCUCCGUGCUGAAAGAUGAGACUGUCUGGGAGAAGCCCCUCCGCUUCCAUCCUGAACACUUCCUGGAUGCCCAGGACCACUUUGUGAAGCCUGAGGCCUUCAUGCCAUUCUCAGCAGGCCGACGAGCAUGCCUGGGGGAGCCCCUGGCCCGCAUGGAGCUCUUCCUCUUUUUCACCUGCCUCCUGCAGCGAUUUAGCUUCUCGGUGCCAGCUGGACAACCCCUUCCCAGUGAUUAUGGCAUCUAUACAAUGCCAGUUACUCCAGCACCCUACCAGCUCUGUGCAGUGGUUCGCUAGCAGGGUCAAUGGCUCCAGCCAUCACCCCAGAUUGUUCUGACUGAU